AUGGCGUCACCGGCCAUUCAGAAAGCGAUCUCAGAGGCGGCAGCGCAGUAUGCGAAGCCCGAGGGGACGGUCUUCCAAUACGGUACCGCGGGGUUCCGUAUGAGGGCCGACCUUCUCAACACAGUUGUCUUCGCUGUUGGCUUGCUUGCUGGGCUUCGGUCCAAGAAACUGAGUGGGCAAUGGAUUGGUGUCAUGGUGACGGCCAGUCACAACCCGGCCGAAGACAAUGGUGUCAAGCUGGUCGAUCCUAUGGGCGAGAUGUUGGAAGCUGAAUGGGAAGCUUAUGCCACUAAGCUCGCCAAUGCCCCGAUGGAUAAGAUCGCUGAGGUGUAUGAUGAGCUCAUUAAAGAGAUCGAUGUCAGCAUGGAAAACCCAGCUCGUGUUGUCUUUGCCCGGGAUACUCGCGCCUCGGGCUCGCGACUCGUCAGCGUUCUCGGCUCUGCACUUACCGCUACAGGGGUUGAAUUCCUCGAUCUGAAGUAUAUGACUACGCCGCAGCUUCACUACGUCGUCCGUUGCAAGAACACGCUGGGAACACAGUACGAAUAUGGCGAGCCGACAGAACAAGGGUAUUACGAGAAACUUAGCGAGGCUUUCAAGAGAGUCAUGAGGGGUGUCAAGAUCAAUGGCUCUUUGACUGUGGACUGUGCAAACGGUGUCGGUGGACCGAAGCUGAGGGAGCUCAUUAAAUAUUUGCCUAGUGCAGAAGAGGGUGGUGUUAACAUCAAGGUUGUCAAUGACGAUGUUAUCAACCCCGAUAGCCUUAACUUUGAGUGCGGUGCCGACUACGUCAAGACGAAACAGCGUGCUCCGCCAUCAUCCAAGGCGGCUGCGCUUGACCGCUGCGCAUCGCUGGACGGCGAUGCUGAUCGUCUCAUCUACUACUACGCCGACGAGGGCAACGUGUUCCGACUCCUUGAUGGUGACCGCAUUGCCACGCUUGCUGCUUCUUUUAUUGGCGAUCUUGCCCGCAGUGCUGGAAUUGCCCAGAAGCUCAAGAUUGGUGUCAUUCAGACCGCUUAUGCUAACGGAUCCAGCACCGACUAUAUUGAGAAAGUGCUAAAGCUUCCCUCCGUUUGCACCAACACUGGCGUCAAGCACCUUCAUCACGCGGCCCUGCGUUUUGACGUAGGAGUCUAUUUUGAAGCUAAUGGGCAUGGCACGAUUACCUUCUCAGAGAAUGCUCUGAAGACCAUCAAGAGCACGGAGCCCCAGUCUCCAGCCCAGCAGCGUUCCCUCGAGUGUCUCCAAGCCCUCACUGAUUUGAUCAACCAGGCCGUUGGUGACGCUCUCUCCGAUAUGCUUCUGGUUGAGGCUAUCCUUGCUCAUAAGGGCUGGAGUCCGAAAGAGUGGCUGGCCACUUACACUGACCUCCCCUCACGGCUCGUUCGUGUGGAGGUUGCGGACCGUUCGAUUUUCAAGGCCUACGACGCGGAACGAAAGCUCGAAUCGCCAGCUGGCCUCCAGGAGAAGAUCGAGUCUCUGCAGUCUCGUUACAACAAGGGCAGAAGCUUUGCCCGUGCCAGUGGCACAGAGGACGCUGUGCGCGUCUACGCUGAAGCAGCCAGCCGAUCUGAGUCUGACGAUCUCGCUACGCGCGUGGCCAAUGCGGUCCGCGAGGCAGGUGCCGCCUAG